AUUGUUUUGGAUUUUGGAAUAUUUGCAUCUACAUAAAGAGAUACCUUGUCUGAAUGUGACAUUGAUUUGUUUUGUAUACAUCUUAUACAGCCUGAAGGUAAAACGUAUGAUAUUAGCUAACAUUUAUUAUGUAUUAGGUGAUACAUAUUUUACAUAAUUUUGUGCAUGAAACCAGGUUUGUGUACAUUGAACCAACAGAAAGAAAAGGUGUCUUUAUCUCAGCCACUAAUCUGGACAAUUUGGGAUUUUGGAGUAUUUCAGAUCUUGGAAUUCCAGAUAAAGGAGACUCAACCUGUAUAGGCAAUCUCUAAACAUGGUGCCAAACAAAUCCAAAAUACUUCAAAAUCCAUGAUCCAUAAGAAAGAGAAUCAUUUGCUUUAUGGAAAAAGAUAUAGUCCCAAUGCUGAUGAUAUAGAAAUUAUUUGUGAUGUAAUCUCACUGAUUUCUGCAAAUCUGAAAUUCCAGAAAUGAAGUACUCGCAGGUAUGGCCACCACAUACGGUGGUAGACCCAGCUCAUCAUGUGGUCACCAAGAAUGCCCAUUUGAGCCUUUAAUUUUGGAUUAAAUUACUACAGAACCAUUAUAGUUGACUCCAUUUCUCAAGUGGACUCUUCAUCAGGUAUUUGCUGGUUGUCCCAACAGGUGAGGGACACGAUUGUCAUCCUUCACAGAAGCCAUAUUGGACAUCACUGGAAGUGAUCAAGUACGAAGUGAAGGAAGAGAUCUUUGAGGAACAAGAGGCAUUGAAGGUGAAAGAAGAAAUCCAACCAAAGCAAGGGAGGAGCAGCAUGAUCUCUAGCCAUUGUGAAGUCCCAAUCCAACAACAGCCUCCCAAGGAUGAGUACCUUUUGUGGGGGAAAACACUCUACCCUAAACUGAGCCUUGACUCGCACAUUGGGAAGAAAUCCUACGUAUGCAAGGAUUGCAGAAAGAGCUUUGUCAGUACCGUACAGCUUAAUUCACACCGGAGAACUCACACCACGCAGAGAAUGUACAAAUGCACGGAAUGCGUAAAGAGCUUUAGCAAAAGAGCAAGUCUUGCCCAGCAUCAAAGAAGCCACCAGAAAAUACGUCAAAAGAACUUGGGUGGUACAGCAAGCCUCCGAGUGCGCAAGAAAGUUCACACGUACACAUGUCUGGAGUGUGGGAAACACUUCACUGAAAACGCAUACCUCACAUUACAUACGAGAACCCACACAGGGGAAAGACCAUUUAGCUGUUUGCAGUGUGGAAAAAGCUUCCUGCAGAGACCGCACCUUUUGUCCCAUCAAAGAACCCAUACAGGGGAGAAGCCACAUCAGUGUUGCAAGUGCGGGAAGAGCUUUGCCCAGAAGGCGCAGCUUGCUUUGCAUCAGCGCAUCCACACUGGAGAGAAGCCUUAUAAAUGUCUGACGUGUGGAAAGGACUUCGGCUAUAACACCAGCCUCAUAUACCAUCAAAGAAUGCAUACAGGGGAAAAGCCCUAUAAAUGCUUUGACUGCGGAAGGAGCUUCAGUUCCAGCUCAAGUCUUUCUUCGCAUCGGAAAACCCACACUGGAGUGAAGCCCUUUAAGUGCAUGGAUUGCGGAAAGCACUUCAGCCACAGUGCCAACCUCAUUCAACACCAAAGGACCCACAUGGGAGAAAAACCCUUUUCGUGUUCAGAAUGUGAAAAGCGCUUCAGCACCAGGACUGGCCUCAAUUCACAUAAGAAAGUCCACAGUGGGUUGAAAGCGUAUACGUGUCUGGAGUGUGGGCUGUCCUUUAGGUAUGGCACCUACUUAGCCAUUCAUAAUCGGAUUCACACAGGGGAGAAACCCUAUAAAUGCUUGGAGUGUGGAAAGGCGUUCCACCAGAGGCCACACCUUGUGACCCAUCAAAGAAUCCACACGGGGGAGAAGCCAUAUCAGUGUCUAGUGUGUGGCAAGAGAUUCAGCCAGAGCUCACAUUGUAAUUUUCACCAGCGAGUCCACACAGGCGAAAGACCCUAUCAGUGCUCAAUGUGUGGGAAGAGCUUUGGCAAUAAAAGAAAUCUUACUUUUCAUCAGAGAACCCAUACAGGGGAAAAGCCAUAUCAAUGCUUUGAGUGUGGAAAGAGUUUCAGCCAGAGUUCAGCCCUGCGUCUGCACCAAAGGAUCCACACAGGAGAGAAACCCUAUUCUUGCUUUGAGUGUGGAAAGACCUUCACUUAUAGCUCGAGCCUCACCGAUCAUCAGAGAGUCCACACAGGGGAGAAGCCGUUCAAAUGCUUGGAGUGUGGGAAGAACUUUGGCCGCUUGGCAAACCUUACUUCCCACAAGAGAGUCCACAACAAGGAAAAACCAUAUAAAUGCUUAGAAUGUGGAAAGAGCUUCCGGUGGAAUGCACAGUUUGCAUCCCAUCAAAGGAUGCACAUUGGGGAGGCAACCUGAAAUUAUCUACAUAAACUACAACUCUAGUCUUUGUUACUGGUAUCAUGGAUUUUUUUUUUACUCCAGUGUGUAGUAAAGCACUUCAGUUGCUGCAGAAAAGUCUUCAUCUCAGAGGUGUAGGAUUUACCAUUAAUUACACUAACGCAUUAUCUUAAUUAAUUAAACUUUAAGGACCAACCGAGAAGGGAAGAAAUCUCUCUAAUGGUAACCCCACAUUUGACAUCAAGUGAGUGGAAACCAACUAAGAAACCAACCCUGGUUGUUUUUGGCAAAAGAAGAGAAUCAUUGGAUGUGGAGAAAGAAUUGUGUCAGCACUCACAACUUAUGUGCAAUGUCCAAUGGUUUUGCAGUUUUGCUUUUCUCCAGCUGCCUUUGGCUAUUUCUGUUUGAUCCCAGCAACUUUGUUCUUAGCCUUUUUUGGGGGGGGGGGGGUAAUAGACCCCAGUUGAUACGACAAUGAAGCUAUAGAGCCCUUUCUACAACAUGGUGACUGAUGAUGAUUAUUAUCUUUCUUUUGUUACGAUGAUUGUAUGUUAUAUUACCAUAUAUGCUAUCAAUGCAAAGAGAAAAGUGUUCAAAGCCACAGCAAGAGAGGUCCAAGACAAUGCUUCAUUGGUUUUAUGUUGUCAAACAAAAAAAGAAAUCACAACAGCAAUUUGACAUCCUGAAAAGUCAUGAUGUAAGGGUCUUCCAGCAACACAAGCAGGUCAUCGCCAUAGCGAGUAUCCGCAAGGGCACUGAAAUAAAAGAACAAAUGUGCAUUCAAUUUCUGGACUCCCAAAGCUCAUUCCUUGAUCUUUUAGAGAUUGAUGGACCCCAGAUUAAGAACUCUUGGAUUAAAAACUCCUCCUCCCUUGCUCUUUACAAGCUUCCUGCAUUUGGGACUGGUUACUCUAUGUUCCCAUAUUCUCCCAUCCUGUCUGCUAUUGUUGGUUAGCUAUCUCUUUGUAAAGUUGGAUGUGAUCAAAGAGGACUCUUGGCUGUUAAUAGCAGUCCCUUCAUACACCCUCGUGUAAAUAAAGCCCUCUCCAUAAUUAGGUACAGUCAGCCCUCCUUACCCACGGAUUUUUUAUCCACAGAUUCAAGCCUCUAAGGCUUGAAAUAUUCCAAAAAAGGUAUUCAUUCCAAAUAGCAAACCUUGAUUUUCCAUUUUAUUUGAGGGACACCAUUUUGCUAUACCAUUGUAUUCAAUGGGACUUGAGCCCUUUGUUAUCCACGGAGGGUCCUGCAACCAAAUCCCAGGAUACCAAGGGUGCACUGUACAAAAUUUCAUUGGUUUGUUGGUUCAUUUUGCAGUUUUCUGUAUUACCAGAUCCAACCUGGAUUCAUGCUGGUGACACCUGUGUGUGACACACAUAGGGAGACUAGGAUGACUUUGUGCUUCCUAUCACUUGGAUUAUCCAAAGCCCCUCAAGAGAAUAAAAGGCUGUACAUGUUUAGCAUAGGAAAUGUAUCAACGUAUUUUAAGUUUGGUUGCAGUGUAUUCCUGCAUGGCAGAAUGGGGUUAGGCUGGGGGGCCCUUGGGAUCUCUUCUGAUUCCAUAGUCCUCUGACCUUUUGGCUUGUGAUGCAAAAUAAUUGUGUUCUCUCUUGUUUGGUUUUUGUUUGUUUGUUUGUUUGUUUUUUGGUUUGGUUUGCUUGUCUAGUUGUUGAUGUCAAAUCAUCUUGUGUAGUGUUAUGGCAACAAAUUAACUUGGAAAGUCAUUGCACAAAUCAAAGUUUGUAGAUGGAAAUUCCACAGUUCCACUGUAUUAUUGAUGUCUGUAAUAUCCCUCUCUUUUUUUGGUAUAGUUUUGUAUAUUUUAAUGUACUUGUCAUGGCCUUUGUUUAGCACAAUAAACUCAUCGAAUAGGAUCAGCAAAAAAGGCUAAUAAUAAAAAUGGUAUUUUAAAACAAGUUCUUUCAAACUGAUUGAAGAAACUGAUUGAACAAGUUCUUUCCUUCUGCAAGGCUGGGUGGGACAGAAAGAGGAAGCCAUCUGAGAUCCUUCCCUCAAGGGCCUUGUUAUGGAAUACUGUUGUGUGUCUCCAAUUCGUUUCUGACUUAUGUUGAUCUUAAGGGGACCCUAGAACGGAGUUUUCUGGGGUUGAGAGUGUCACCUAGUAAGUUUUCAUGGCCAAGCGAGGAAUUGUACCCUGAUCUCCAGAGUUGUAAUCCAGUACUCAAACCAUUAUCCCACUCUGGAGUUAGAGUUUUUAAAUUGCAAAAUACGAGCAGAAUAAUGAACUAAAAGAGAUCUCUUGGGACUGAACAUUUUUCUCCUUUGCCGGCUAACCUCCGUUAGUCUGGGGGGUCUCUCCUAUCACUGUUUAUUCACUUGGGCUUUCAAAUCACGGUCGAUGAAGUGAACCUGCAUUUCUCAUUGUUUAGUCGCAUAACCAAUCUUUGUCUCUUCAUCUCAAAUGAGGCAUCACAUAAUGUUACCUCAUGUACAGACUCUUUUAUCCAGAAUGCCAAAAUCCAAAACUCUUUUCAUGGGAUGGCUGACAUUGUGACAUCUAUGUUUCUGAUGGUUCAAUGUACACAAACUUUGUUUCAUACGCAACAUUAUUUUUGAAAUAAUGUCUAAAAAUUACC